AUGAGAAGAAAUCAAGGUGAGGGCACCAACUUUGUGCUGGGGACAUGGGUGGCACCUCUGGCUCACCAGGAGCCAGCCAAGAAGGCCAGUGGCCUCCUGGGGGGUGUCAAGAAGAGCGUGGCCAGCAGGUACACCAAGAUGAAAACAGCCACCAACAUCUACAUCUUCAACCUGGCCCUGGCAGACGCCCUGGCCACCAGCACCCUGCCCUUCCAGAGCACCAAGUACCUGAUGGAGACCUGGCCCUUUGGGGAGCUGCUCUGCAAAGUUGUCCUCUCCAUUGACUACUACAACAUGUUCACCAGCAUCUUCACCCUGACCAUGAUGAGCGUGGACCGCUACGUGGCCGUGUGCCACCCGGUCAGGGCCCUGGACUUCCGCACACCAGCCAAGGCCAAGGUCAUCAAUGUCUGCAUCUGGGUGCUCUCCUCCUUCAUCGGGGUGCCCAUCAUGGUCAUGGCAGUCACCAAGUCAAAAGGCAAGUGGCUCCUGGGGAAAAGUCCCUCUCCUGUCCCAUCUGGUCAUGACCGGAACCUGCGGCGCAUCACGCGCAUGGUGCUGGUGGUGGUGGCAGCCUUCAUCAUCUGCUGGGCCCCCAUCCACAUCUUCGUCAUGGUCUGGACGCUGGUGGACAUAGACAAGAAGAACCCCUACGUGGUGGCCGCUCUGCACGUCUGCAUCGCCCUGGGCUACACCAACAGCAGCCUCAACCCCGUCCUUUACGCCUUCCUGGAUGAGAACUUCAAGAGGUGCUUCCGAGAGUUCUGCCUCCCCUUCCGAGCCCGGGUGGGUCAGACCAGCUUCUCCAGGAGCAGGAACACCGUGAGGGAGCACGUGUCCACCUGCACCCCCUCGGAAACCCGCACCAAUCCGGCCUGA